AUGCCCUGGCAGCCGCUUCCCCGGAUCGCCUUCGCCGUUGCGACGUACCCCUUCGCCGCCGAGAGCCCGGCCGACCUGCCGCUCGAGAUUGGCGAUGAGCUCUACAUCAUUGAGGAGACGCCCGACGGCGCCUGGCUGAGGGGCUAUCUGGUUGCGCCCCCCAGCCUGCUGGCUGGCCUGACGUCGGUCAAGGGCCAGACGCUGGAGGCUCGAGUCUUCAGCGGCAUCUUCCCCCGCAGCUGUGUCGAGGUCCGGGAGAUGCUGGGCGGCGCGGACGACCGCGACGACACCGUCGACGACGAGUACGAAGACGAGAGGGGCGAGGAGCCCAUCAGCGACACCACGGGCUCGGCCGAGAACCGUCCCGCGAGCGAUUCCGCCAAGAGCGGCUUCACCAGCGCGCAUUCGCCCACGAAGCGGACUCACCGCGAGAAGACGACGAGCCUCCGCAGCAGCGGCAGGAGGAGGCCGUUGAGCGAGCUCCCCAAUGGGACCCUCGGCAAUCUGUCUGUGCCCGUCAAGAGGGAUCCCAAUGCGCCUCGACCCGCGGCCCCUGUCCCAAUGCUCAAAAUCGGUGACGAGACACCAACUUCGGCUGCCGAGCCAUUGAUCGACGAGAUCGCCUCGUGUUUGCGCGAAUGGCACUCCAAGUACCUCCACGAGCUUCUCCUGUCGCGCAAGUACGCCGAGUUGGACCAAUUGUCCCAGCUCAUUGCACGCCUCAACCUUCACCGCCAGCAAUUCCUCUACAACGUUCUCACCACACACGAGUAUGAGCGGCUACGGGAACAGACCGUCUGGGACCUCGUCAAGCUAAACAAGCUUUGCGGCGGAGAGGUCAUUGUUCGGGACCCUGCCGCUCGCGGCCGAGUUCUGACGGGUGACGACUCGGUGGUAGACGUCACGAGACUCCAAUCGCAAAUGAGUUUGCUGGACGAGCCUCCGCAGCCGGCCGUCGAACUGUCCAGCCUACAUCACAUCUUGCUGGACGUGAAAGGGUUCGCAGGAUCCUCCAACGAAGAAACUACGCUGGUCCUGUAUCUUGCCAGUAAACCCCGCCACGGCAGCAUGUCGAUAUUGUCGGAAUGCUUCUCCGUCGACAUACCCGCGGGCGGCGCGAUAGAAGGGCUCACUCUGGGCUCAUCAACACGGACGCUCUUCACCGAUCUCUCUGCUCAGGACAUUGGCGACGCACCAGCGGCGGAGUCUGAGCUCUACCUUGUCGUCAAAGUAUUGGCGCUCCAGCGAGUAUUCUCACCUCAGCCGAUUUCUCGGACAGGCACUGGCGGCGAGUUCAGCCGCCCAGGAGAGAGCUCGAAAGCUGCCCCGGCCACGGCAAAGUCCUCAAGGAGGAGCUUGAUGUGGGGCAGCAAGAGUGGCCGGCCAACCUUCUCGAGAGGCAACGGCGUGUCUAGAACGGACUCAGUCUCGGAACGGCAGGGAAGCUCGUACCGAGCUACCACGGCGGAGAGCAGAGAUGGCUAUGCGCCGCCGAGCACUGCCGGGUCGAGAGCUGUUGCGUUCACAGAACCCGCGUACACGGCCCAGCGCACCGUCGGAGUAGGCGUGUUGAAGCUCAACGAUUUGCUGAAACACGACGAUGAGAUUGAGCAGCUCAUCGGCAUUUGGGCGCCGAGCGCCCGGCCUGGACAUGAAAAGGAACAAAAGGAAGAGGGGGAUCAGCUGAUUCGUGAACUGCUGGACAGACCUAGCGGAUUUCUCGAAAAAUCACGAAGAGGAGAGCGGCUUCAGGUCGGCUUGCAAAUGUUUAACCAUCCGGACGCCGACGCCUUAAUCAAGGCCACACCGACCCUGCUUUCAGGGGUGUCUAGCACCAACAGGAUCGGCUUCUCUGCCGCUCCGACGAAGCCCAGGUCUGAUAUUUACCUGACGAUCAACACAGCGGCCUUGGCUCGGCAGAAUCUGCUCUCAAGGUUUGGCGGUAGCGCAACCAGCAUGCCACCGGGCUUGCAGGGUACGAAUCUCCAGAUCACGCUCGAGGUCCGAAGCCCAGCCGGCCAGCGUUUCGAACACUGCAUCCACACAGCGUCGAACAAGCAGCCUGUCACUACGUUCAAGUCGGCGGCUGCCGAAAGAGGCGAGUCCUGGAAGCAGACACUUCGGCUCUCCCUGUCGCCCAGCGACGUAUCGACAGCUCACGUCGUCAUGUUUAUGGCCGACAUCCCCAACCCGCCCUUUGCCGUGGCACAUAUGCCGCUAUGGGACCAGCAAGCCUUCAUACGAGACGGCCAGCACGGGCUACUUCUCUACAAAGUGGACGAGCACACGUCGACAGCGGAAGCUGGGCCGACCGGCAGAGGCGGCUACCUGUCGCUGCCAUGGGCGCCGCGGGGCAGAGACGAGCACUCCGCCGAGGUGACCGGGCCUCUGGCCGUGUUGCUCGUCGACACGUUCCUGUGCAGCACAAGGUUCUCGCAAGACCGCGUAAUUCUGGGCAUUCUCAAAUGGAAAGACCUUUCUCAGGACGAACUAUCCGCCACCCUGAGACAACUUAUCUUUGUUCCAGAAAUCGAGGUCGUCAAGCUACUGAACGAUGUCCUGGAUGGGCUGUUUGGCAUGCUUGUGGAGAACUCCGGCAACGACGAGUUUGAGGACCUUGUGUUCACGGCCUUGGUCCGAGUGCUGGGCAUCGUGCACGACAGGAGAUUCAACCUCGGACCCCUGGUCGACACGUACGCUGAGAACCAGUUCAAUUAUCCCUUUGCCACCACAAGCUUGGUGCGAUCCUUCACACGCCUGCUGGAGAACCCCACCGAACCCGAGAUUGCUCGCAAGCUGAGAGCCACGUUUAAAGUCGUGCGGCACAUCUUGAAAUUCAUCACACACGCCCGGCAUCAGAUGAAGGCCAAGGAGGCGGUCAUAGGAAUCAAGUCCUCUCCGCAGGGCUUCACGCGACAAUUGCGAGUCAUUUUUAAGGCACUGGACGCAAUGAUGCGCAACACUGCCCCGGCGCUGGUCGGAAGCCAGACACUGGCCGUCCAGCACUUCCACACUUGGCUCCCGGAACUCAGCGGCCUCCUGAGCACCGAGGAGAUUCUUCACAUCGCCAUAGACUUCAUGGACUCCUGCACGCAUGUCAAGGGCAAACUGGUCCUGUACAAGCUGCUUCUCAUCAUCAACUACUCCAAACUUGAUCUGUUCGCCCACCCGGAUCAAAAGGCGGCUCUCGGAGCGAAUACUGUCAGGUGGAUCUCGCCGCAUUGGGGCCACCCCGAGGUUGUAAACGACCAAUGGAGAGACCAAGUCCGCUUGUGCUGUUCCAUCAUCGCCAGCCAGGUUGAGUACUUGGGCCCCGAGAUUCCGGACCAUCUGCCUAGGAUCAUCGACUCGUACCUGGCGAUUCUAGCAUCUCCACAGAAGUCACGGGAUCGGCUGUCUCUCCUAUUCCCUGCAUCAUACCCCUUCCCAUCAAAAGCUGUUCAGGACCAAGUCGCGUACGACGAGGCGUUGGCGGAACUGUCGGCAGUGCUCUCUGCCGUGUCAAACUCAUCGGCGGGUAUGCAGCUGGAGUUGGCGGAAGGAGACCUUGCCAUCAUCCUCGAGAAUCUCCUGCGCGUUCACAAGAGCAUUCUCUCGGGCGAGGCAUUCCCAGCAGGGUGGCUGAGCGUGCACAUCUACCACCACACAUCAACCAUGUCCACCCUGCAGUACCUGGCCGGAAUCUUGCUGGAGUCCUUCCUCCCCGACCCUGACGACGCCGAGACCUUUAACACGGAGCUCUGGAAGCUCUUCGUCACCACGCUUUUGAAGCUCGUCGGAAGCUCAUCCCUCGCCCUCGAGACUUUUGCAGAACAAAAGCGCCGAGCCGUGUGGAAAAUUGCUGGCGACGUGAGGGAGCAUGGGGCAGACCUCCUGCGCAAGACGUGGGAAGCCAUCGGCUGGGAGACGACGACCGACGAGCGCGCCCGUUAUGGCUUGUCCAAGAUAGGCGGAUACCAGGUUCAAUACGUCCCUACCUUGGUGGGCCCCAUCGUCGAGCUCUGUCUGAGCGUCCACGAAGGUCUUCGCAGGAUGGCAGUCGAGGUCCUGCAGACCAUGAUCGUCAGCGAAUGGACCCUCAGCGAGGACUUGACGGUCAUCCAGACGGAGAUGAUAGACUGCUUGGACCAUUACUUCAAGUCGAAGCCCCUGACGGAGAGUAUCCUGCAGAAGCUGUUCGUCGGCGAGCUUAUUGAGCGAUUCGAGCCCCUGUCCAAGAUUCCUGGCGAGCCACUCUACGUCGCCGUUCAAGAUCUUGUUGCCACACUGGACGAGUUUCUCGACCUGCUCGUUGCGGUGCACAGCGGCGACGGCAGCAACGAGGCGUCAAACAUCAUCAACCGGCUUCGACUGAUGGAGUUCCUGCGGGACAUGCAGAAGGAAGAAAUCUUUGUGCGCUACGUCCACCAGCUGGCAAGUUUCCAGGCAGAGUCAGGGAACCAUGCCGAGGCGGGUUUGGCGCUGCGCCUGCACGCAGACCUCUACGAAUGGGACCCCACGAAGCAGACAACCGUGCUUGCCGACCCCGAGUUCCCGGCGCAGUCCAUGUUUGAGCGCAAGGAAAAGAUUUACUUUGACAUGAUUAAGCACUUCGAGGAGGCUGAGUCGUGGAGCAACGCGUUGACGGCGUACAAGGAGCUCCAGGUGCAGUACGAGUCCAAUGUGUUUGACUUUGCCAAGCUGGCAAGAACGGAGCGAGCCAUUGCAACCAUCUACGAAAAGAUCUCGAAGAGCGAGAAGCUCGUCCCGCGGUAUUUCAAGGUCGUGUACAAGGGCCUUGGUUUCCCUUCCGGCAUUCGGGACAAGGAGUUCGUUUACGAGGGCUCGCCGGCGGAGCGAGCAUCCGCAUUCACCGACCGCAUGCAAGAGCAAUACCCGGCGGCGCAGAUCGUCACCAAUGGAGAUGUCGAUGAUGUGGAAGGCCAGUUCCUGGUGGUCUCCGCCAUCACACCUCAUCGCGACCUGACUCAUCCGGUCUUCCAGCGAGCAAGGGUGCCACAGGCAGUCCGAGACUUCUUGCUAUCGUCUCACCCUCAGUGCUUUUCAUAUACCACGAAGCGCAGCACGUCUGGGCCCGUUCACGAACACCACGCGGAGAAGGUGGUGUUCACAACGGCCGAACCCUUCCCUACCCUGCUACGGCGGAGUGAGAUUGUCGACGCUCAGGAGAUCCUGCUUGGCGCCCACGAUACUGCACUGGAGCGGAUCGUCCGCAAGACCCAGGAAAUGACGACUCUUGAACGACGUAUAGGCCAAGGUGACACAGCCAUCGCUCAACUGCUGGUAGACGCUAUAUCAAUAUCCGUCGACCCAUCGUCGGAGUAUAGCGUGGUCUGCUAUCGCAACCUUCUUCCAGAAUCCCAGGCCGGCAGUGAGGAAAGUGGUCAUGGAGGAGAGGUCGGGCUCGAGCCAAGAGAUGCAGCCAUAAAGAUGGCUCUCGUAGACCACGCCAUCAUGAUCAAGAGGUGCCUGGCCAUGUUUGCUCACAGCAACAAUGAAGUCCUCUCGCACAGGCACGAGGAGCUUCAAAGAUACUUUGAGAAGACGUACGAGGCGGAAAUCGCCACGUUUGCGCCCCCGCCGCCAUCGCCGCCUCAAGAGACCGUGUCGACUCCCUCGACGGCGUUCCGGCAAUCCCUGUCCUCCAACGGGCGGCAUAGCCCGCAGUGGCCCAACAUUGCCAGCCCCCUGAAUGGGGACCGCGGAGACGAGGUGUCCGUCGUCCAUCAGGUUGCGCUACGGCAUAGGAGCGCGAGGCUCAGCCUCCUGGGCGGCCGCAAGCAAGAGCCCGAGCGAGCCCAGGAGGAAGCACAGGUGAACGGCGGCGGCGGCGACACGGAGACCAAGAUCGAGCACAGCCGGAGCGCGAGCAAGGGCACGGCCCGACGGCAGAGUCUCUUCCGCACGCAGUCGGUUGAGGAGACGCCGGUGGAGACGUCGGCGCAAAGCCGGCGGAGCAGCUCCGUGAGCAGGCAGAGCAUGGACAGGAGCUCCGUCCGGUCCGACAAGGAGUUCGAGGCGGAGGGCCUCGGGAUAGUCAAGCGGGGCAGCGUGAGGAAGCGGUUCAGCAUGCUCAAGCUGGGCAAGAAGAGCAGCAAGACGGGCUCGGCGAUGAGGAGCGUCGACGAGGAGUGA